AUGGGUGCCCAGUCGUUACCCCCGGCCUGGCAGCUCUACCUCAAGGACCACCGCGUCUCCACGUUUAAGAACUGGCCCUUCUUAGAGGGCUGCGCCUGCACCCCGGAGCGGAUGGCCGCGGCAGGCUUCAUCCACUGUCCCACUGAGAACGAGCCCGACUUGGCUCAGUGUUUCUUCUGCUUCAAGGAGUUGGAAGGCUGGGAACCAGAUGACGACCCUAUAGAAGAGCAUAAAAAGCAUUCAUCUGGUUGUGCUUUCCUUUCUGUCAAGAAGCAGUUUGAAGAAUUAACCCUCAGUGAAUUUUUGAAACUGGAUAAAGAAAGAACCAAGAACAAAAUCGCAAAGGAAACCAACAAUAAGCAGAAAGAAUUUGAAGAAACUGCAAAGAAAGUCCGCUGUGCCAUUGAGCAGCUGGCUGCCUUGGAGUGA